CGCAGCGGCGGGGGACGCUGCUCUAAGUCCCCACGCUGGAGCUGAGGCUCAGCUCAGCGCGGAUAGGGGCGCGGAGCGCACUGAGAACCCUACUUUCUCGUGAGCCCGAGCCCGGCAAAUGGGCGAAUGAGGAAAGAGAGCAAGGACAUGGACUGCUAUCUACGUCGCCUCAAACAGGAGCUGAUGUCCAUGAAGGAGGUGGGGGAUGGCUUACAGGAUCAGAUGAACUGCAUGAUGGGUGCACUUCAAGAACUGAAGCUCCUACAAGUGCAGACAGCAUUGGAACAGCUGGACAUCUCUGGAGGCACGCCUACCUUCAGCUGCCCAGAGAGCUCACAGGAACAGCCUGAGUGCCCUCCCUGGCAGGGUAGAGGGUGUUCUGCUGGGCCUGCUGCCUGGCCCUCCUCCAGCCAGCCAUCUUUUGACAGCAGCCCCAAGUUUCCAUGCCGUAGGAGUGUCUGUGGGAAGGAGCUGACUGUCCUUCCCAAGACCCAACUGCCUGAGCACCAGAGCUGUACCCAACAGGGGACAGAGUGGGUGGAGCCAGAUGACUGGACCUCCACGUUGAUGUCACGGGGCAGAAAUCGGCAGCCUCUGGUGUUGGGGGACAAUGUUUUCGCAGACCUGGUGGGCAACUGGCUAGAUUUACCAGAACUGGAAAAGGGCGGGGAGAAGGGCGAGACUGGGGGAUCCAUUGAACCCAAAGGAGAAAAAGGCCAGUCCAGAGAUCUGGGUCGUAAGUUUGCCCUUACUGCAAACAUUUUUAGGAAGUUCUUGCGUAGCGUGCGGCCUGAUAGAGACCGGCUGCUCAAGGAGAAGCCGGGCUGGAUGACUCCAAUGGUCUCUGAGUCGCGAGCAGGACGCUCGAAGAAAGUCAAGAAGAGGAGCCUUUCUAAGGGCUCAGGACGGUUCCCUUUCUCAAGCACAGGAGAGCCCAGACAUAUUGAAACCCCUGCCACAAGCAGUCCCAAGGCCUUAGAACCCUCCUGUAGGGGCUUUGACAUUAACACAGCUGUUUGGGUCUGAUUCCAGAGAGAGAGAGAGAGACGCUUACUGAACCUAAAAUGCAGACUCGUGAGGGCCCUGGGGGAGAGGGAGGGCAGAUGCCAUGGUCUUCAGGCCAGAUGCAAGUUCCCAUCCUCAGAAAGAAAGAGAGCAGAGUUCUUAAGUCAGGCCUCAGUAGAACAGUGGAGAGAGGCUGUCACAGGCUAGGCUGAGCUGAGGCCCUGGAGAGGAUAUGUGCGUGUGUGUUGUUGUGUGUGUGUGUGUUGUUGUUGUUGUUGUUCUUUGAGGCUGGAUGUGACAGUAAUUGGGAGCGGCAGGAGAGGAGUCCAACAAGCCUAUGACAUCCGUCCAUAACCUUUCCAAGACCUCAUUUGAACAUUCUAUAUGGAAGGAGGCAUUGAGCCCUCAGGUUUCCCAGAAGAGCUCCCAAUAAAGACCUGUCUCAGGAACCCCCCAACUAUUUUAAUGGUCUGCUUCCCCGACAAGGCACUGCUACAGGCAAGCAAAAGUUUUUGCUUUUUUUUUUUUUGUAUUUUUUUUUUUUUUUUUAAAGGGUUGAUAUCCCAGAAUGGAGUACCAGAAAGAGGAAAAUUCAUAGCCCUUACUAGGACCAAGAUUUCAGCCCAUAGCUAGGUGUUGGGGACCCAGAACAAGCAGAGGUAUGUGUGCAUGUGUGUGUGUUAUGUGUGUGUUGUGUGGGGGGGUGGCGGGGGUGAGGAAACCUGAGAUGCUCCCAGAUCUCCAAAGUACAGAAGAGAAGCAAUGUGCCUUUACCCAGGUGCUGUCUCAUGAGUGCAAGUAGACAUGCCCAGCCAGCAUAAUAUCCCAUAAAGCAGCAAUCUCUGAGAACACACUCGGCUGCCCAGAGGCAAAACAGGUCAGGCCAAUCUCAUGGUUAUCAAUGGACCCUAGAGUCACACACGGCCUGGUCCAGCAGUGAGAGCCCAUCCUCACCCCUAUUGCCUGCCUUUAAUGCUCCUGCAGGGCAGCAGAUGGUUGGGGUGAAACCAGCAGUAAUACCCAUACAUUUAGAAAAAUUCUUAGUCUACAUCUCAUGGUCAUUCAGCGAACUGGACACAUCUAUCCUCAUCACCCUGGAAGUCAACAAGGGGACCUGCAGGGUCGGGUUAAUGCCAGGCACUUUCUAUAGUGAGCAGACAUGCAAGCCUGGGUCCAUAGAGAAUCCAUCUCAGCCGCCACCCCUUAGCCAGGAGAGAACAAAGUAGGCCCCUGUUCAAGCCCAGCUACCCCAGAGGGUGCCUUAGCUCCUCCUUCGCCCCCCCUCCCGCAGACCCUGCUCAGCUUGAUGGGGUGUGACAACCGCAAUUAGAGGCAAGCCGCCUGCUGCCCCCAGAGCAUUAAGAGCAAAUUGGAGAAGAAAAAUAACAAGAGAAGCUCUUCUGCCUGCAGUCUAGACUCCCAGGGGACUGAGAGGAGGAAGGGAGAGCUUAGGCAGUGGGGAAGGGGAGGCAGCAGUAACAGUGGGAAGGGUCACCUGCAAGUUCCCAGGCAGUUAAAUGAUAGAUGGUCUUUUUUAUUAAAAAUGGGGAUUUAAAAAAAAAUCUGUAGCUUUUUGCUAGACAAUGUGCCUAUCUCUUUCAGAACGAUUAAUCAAUAGGGUCAAAGGGUCCUGCCAUGCACGUUGUCCCCAUCAGGCUGCUCAGAAAGGAAAGCAGUUCCCAGCUCAAAUCCGUGGGCCUCAGGCCUGGUGUUUGUCAGCUGGGUUCACUCUUUCUGGUCAAGCCGGUCCUUGUCCAUCCUGUCUCCAUUGAACUUCUGUCUCUGGUGAAGGGAGAUAACGGUAGCUGCCUCUGAUGGCUGCUGUGAUGUAUGUGAAGGAGGAACAUGUAGAAACCCCACACCCUGACUCCUGAAGGGUGGCAUGCUCGACAGAUGAUUCAAGAGGAUCCGGACUGGGAUGGUAUAGGAAGCCAGCUCACCUCCUCACCAACUAUGGGCAACUCACUUGUCUUGUGGACUAGUCAUAGCUAACAUCAUUUAAAUCAACUAACACGACUCCUCGAUUGUCUGGGCACUGUAAUAGAAGGUGAGAACCCAGCGAUAGGAAAGGAACCCGUUGCUGGCCUCCACGGCUACCAAGGCACACAAAGAAAUGCAUUAACCACCACCUGGCUAGAACAGAGUCAAGGGACCAAUACAAAUCAAUUAGGAAGUAAUUUGGGCUUCUAAGAUAAUCCACAGGUAUCAGGCACAUUUGCUUUUAUUUUUCUUCUUCUUAUUUUUUUUUUGCUACACCCAGGAAAUGGUUGCUCAUUUUACCUGAAUAGGCUCAGAGAAGUUAACUCUUUCAAGGUCACACAGGACAAAGCUGGGAUGGAAUCAGUUUGUAAUUGACUUCUAAUCUUCUGUUCAUGCUACCUGGCAAACUGUCUAUAUUUGUUCCACAGCCAGAUCAAGAAUAACAUUUGUCUUCUGAGAUUA